AUGUCAGUGGCUUCACCGAUUCAAUGUAUCAGGAUUCUUAAUCUUUCAUCUUCUACAACUUCGCCGUCUUUCAGAUUCUCAACGACUAAGUCAUGUGUCUUCGUCAUCAGAUGUUCUCAGGCCGCCGAAGGUCCCUUGAGAAGGCCCUCUGCUCCUCCUACUUUCCGUGAGCUUUCACCUCCCGUAAAAACUGUUCCUCCUACGCCGUCGUCUUCUCCUCCGCCACCUCCGCAGGUGGCUGUUGAUGGUAAGGGUGUAACAACGGUGGAGUUUCAGAGGCAGAAGGCCAAAGAGCUUCAGGAUUACUUUAAGCAGAAGAAGCUUGAAGCUGCUGGUCAAGGUCCCUUCUUUGGAUUUCAACCCAAAAACGAAAUCUCCAAUGGAAGGUGGGCUAUGUUUGGUUUUGCGGUUGGAAUGCUUACAGAAUAUGCAACAGGCUCAGACCUUGUCGACCAAGUUAAAAUCCUUCUCUCCAAUUUCGGAAUUAUAGACUUGGAAUAA